AUGGCGUCCACUACGCCCCAAGAGGGCUUUGAGGUUCAAACCGUGUUGGCAGCGAUGCUAACCAUGCGGAGCGGAGAGAAUGAGAAGAAGAAGGUCGCCAGUCGACUACUUAGGAAGGUUCCAGAAAUCGAGGCCGACCUACUUGCGCUGCGCGGAGAGAUCUUGCUGCUGCUUAAGAAGUAUGCGCCGGGCCCCAAACCAGUCCGAGUCCAACUCUGCGUUUGCCUAGCGAUUCUGGCCAUCCAGAUGCAGACAUGGAAGGACGUGUUGCCUACCGUUGUCUCGGCGCUCGGGAACGAUGUAGCCAGCCACGCCUGCAUCCUCGACUUUCUGCGCGUGCUUCCCGAAGAGGUCACGGAGGGCCGAAAAAUCACCUUGUCUGAAGAAGACCUCGAGCAGAGGACAUCAGAGCUGUUGGCGGACAAUGCCGACCAGGUUGUGCAGUUGCUCGUCAACUACGCGCAGUCUUCCCCCGCCGCGGCGACAAAUCCCCAGCUGUUCGACUGCAUCAGCUCGUGGCUUCGGGAGGUGCCUGUCAGCGUGAUCGUCAACUCGCCCCUGAUGAACGCCGUCCUGCACGGGGUGACGGACGACAAAUCCCUAUUGGCCGCGGCCGACUGCCUGGGCAUCAUCUGCAGGGAGACCAAGGAUGUCGACGACAACUUGGAAACAAUCCAGGCUCUGCUCCCCAAGGUGCUUCAGCUGCGACCCCGCAUCCAGGCCCUGGCGGACGAUGAGGACUCCGAGGGUUUCAAGGCAAUCACCAAGGUGUUUGCGGAUGCCGGCGAAUCGUGGGUAUUGAUCAUCGCUCGCCAGCCUCAGGCCUUCCGGCCCCUAGUCGAAUCCUUGCUCGAAUGCUGCGCCCGGGACAAAGAGCGGGAUGUUAUAGAAUACACCUUCUCGUUCUGGUACGAGUUGAAGCAGUACCUAACGUUGGAUCACUACAUGGAAGCCCGAGUGCAACUCCUCGACGUUUACGCGCAACUUGUCGACAUCAUGCUCAAGCAGCUCGAGUAUCCGCACUCCGAUAACCCGAAUGAACUAGACUUGUUCGAUGGGGACAGGGAACAGGAGGAAAAGUUCCGUGAAUUCCGCCACCACAUGGGCGACACACUCAAGGAUAGCUGCGAAUGGCAGGAGAAGUAUGGCAGCCAGGCGACACAGACGGCAGUACCCCAUUGGCAAUCGCUCGAGGCUCCCCUCUUUGCCAUGCGGGCGAUGGGCCGGAUGGUUGAAUCAACCGACAGCAGCGUUUUGCCCCAGAUCUUCCCACUUCUGGUCCAGAUCCCCAUCAGCAACGAGAAGCUGCGGUUCGCCGCCAUCAUGGUUUUUGGCCGUUACACCGAAUGGACUGCGGCACAUCCCGAGUUCCUCGAGUCCCAGUUCUCGUACAUUGUCGCGAGCUUCCAGACCGAGUCGCAGGAGAUCCUCCGCGCUGCAGCUCAGGCUUUCAUGUACUUCUGUGUUGACUGCAAGCAGCUUCUCAGCCCCCAAGUUAUCCAGCUGCAAUCAUUCUACGACCAAAUCCUCGACAAGCUGCCGGUUUCGAGCAAGAAGGAGAUCACAGAAGGAGUCGCUUAUGUGCUCAGUGUCCAGAAAACCGAGGACUUGUACAAGCUCCUCAAACUCUACUGCGACCCUCUGGUGCAGCGGUUGAUGACCAAGGCCAACUCGGCAACCGAAAAUAAAGUCGAAGCUUUGACCUUGCCAGCAACGAGGAGAACCCGGCGGUUCAAGUACUGGACAGGAGGUCCUUCCCCAUUCUAUCGACCAUUUCUCGACAAUUUCAGCGACUUUGUCCCCAUUUGUGAGCGGGUCUGCCGCUCCUGGCGAUUCAUGGUCAUCUCGUAUCGGACGGCUAUCAAACCGCUAUUACCUUUCCUUGCCAACAAGCUGGCGGCAGGGUUUGCCCAGUCCAAGCAGGGCUGCUUCCUCUGGGCCACGAGCGCUAUCCUGCGCGAGUUCUCCGAAGACAGGGAGCACGUGGAAGAUGGCAUCACCGAGGACAUUUACAUGUUCUUUGAAGCGCAGGCAACUAGCGUUCUCCGCAUCAUGAGCGCCCUGCCGGCGGCCGAUCUCCCCGACGUCAUCGAGGACUUCUACCGCCUUCUUAUCGACGCCCUCCUCUACUAUCCCGCUAAACUGAUCCCUUCACCCUUAUUCACCCCCAUCUUCCAGGCUGCCAUCUCUUCCCUAGCCCUAGAGAAGCACGAACCCGUCUCGGCAGCCCUCCACUACAUCAGAGACCUCCUCACCUACGGCGGCACGAAUCCCGCGGCGUCCGGCAGUGACCUCGGCCCAGCCGGCCAGCAGCUGCGCCAGCUCGUCAAGCAGCUCCUCCUUACGCAAGGCGAGGCUCUCGUCAAGCAGACGCUCACCGGCAUGAUGAUCACGUUUCCACGCGACUGCUUCGCCGACGGCAGUGGCGUGCUUCUCGGCAUGUUCGAGCUACUCCCCAACGAAACGGGUCAGUGGGUUGACCGCACAAUACGGAUGCUGCCGCAAGGCACCGUUACCUCUGCAGAGGCCGACCGUCUGCUCGCCAAGAUCAAGGAGAGGCUGCAGAGCGGCCAGCCGUCCAAUGUCCGGCAAAUCCGCGUGAUACUGCAAGACUUUACUAACACGUACCGCCGGCGCUAUGUCGCGCCCCGCGAUGGGCUGGGCGAGCUCGAGGCCGCGCGCUUUCACUUUGCGGGCUAG